AAGCACAUCGAAUUUGAGAGACGGGCUACCAAGGGACCCGUAUUCGUGUCCGGCGGCGGUGCAAGCGAUCAGGACGUGCAUGGCCAUGGCACUCAUGUCGCGGGCACAAUCGCAAGCCGGGCAUACGGGGUGGCCAAGCAAGCAAACGUGGUAGCCGUUAAGGUGUUCAGCGAUGUAACGGGGUUUGCGCAGACUAGUGACAUCAUCAAGGCGCUUGAAUGGGUCGUCGGCGACGUCGAUUUGCAUAGAAUCAAAGGCCGCGCUGUGGUAAACCUCAGUUUGGGAGGCGGACCCAGUGCAGCUUUGGAUGGUGCCGUUGCAUCCACUGUCCGCCGUGGGGUGGUGGUCUGUUCUCCUGCUCGCGAGCCGCUUGCCAUCACUGUCGGUGCAACAGAUAUCAACGAUGUGUUUGCCCCCUUCUCAAACUUCGGAAAGAUGAUCGAUAUUGUUGGUCCUGGCGUCGAUAUUCUCUCCUGCUGGAAGGACAACCCAACAGCAAUUAAGAGAAUCAGUGGCACGUCUAUGGGCAACACGACUCCACACAUUGCUGGCGUUGCUUGCUGCCUCCUGAGUGAUGCCACCUGGCGUGGCGAUGGCCGCAGCCCUUUCGAGGUGAUGUCGAAGAUUCUUAUUCUCGCCGACAAAGGCGACAUCAGUGGAAUUGCUCCUGGAACCGUUAGGGACAGGACAAUUAACGCGUUGGUGCACAAUACCACUACUCCUACGGACUGUAGUUUGCAAUAUCGGAUGAUUUCUUUGCCUAGGGGCUUUCCGUGCAACUCAGGGACAGAUUGGAAAUAA